ACUAAUGCAAGGCUUUUUUGGUAGGGUAGACCAUAACCGGGUCUGCUAUCAAUGGAGUUCGACCAACCGUCUCAACUCCCCUGUCAACAUCAGCUGUGACACACCCACACGUGGACAACAUGUCACUGUCCAGCUGCCAACACUGGUCGGCUCGGACUACAUCCUCAGUCUCUGUGAAGUGGAAAUAUAUGAGUGUACUGACGGGAGUUUCGGGCCUGACUGCGGAACCUGGUGUUACUGUAGGAACACAUCUGAGGUGUGUGACAAAAUCACUGGAUACUGUGAGAGUGGGUGCAAGGAUGGAUACACUGGGACGGGCUGUCAGGAACUGUGCGCUGACGGAAGUUUUGGGCCUGGCUGUAGAUUCAGGUGCUACUGUAGGAACACAUCUGAGGUGUGUGACAAAACUACUGGACACUGUGAGAGUGGGUGCAAGGAUGGAAACACUGGGAUGGGCUGUCGGGAAAAUUGUCCCAAGGGACGCUAUGGUUCUGGCUGCAUGGAGACGUGUGGACAUUGUGCUGGGGGAGACGGGAACUGCUAUGAGAUAGACGGGUACUGUACAGAUGGCUGUCAGGACAACUGGAGUGGAACAGUGUGUAAAGAGUGCAGUGACAACUGGUUCGGUGACCAGUGUGACAUGGAGUGUAGAUGUAAGAACAGACAGGAAGUGUGUGACAAGAGGACAGGCCAGUGUCACUCUGGAUGUGAAGACGGAUGGACAGGACUGGACUGUCAUAAACCGUGCCAGGACGGGACCUACGGCUUCAACUGUACAGGCAGAUGUGGGAGGUGUCAGGGUGGACAGACAUGUGACAAAAUAGGAGGAGAGUGUCAAACAUGUGCCCCCGGAUUCAAGCCACCGUUUUGUCAAGAGUGUGAUGACUACUUCUAUGGGGAGCAAUGCAGCUCUAGAUGUGGCCAUUGUCGUGGUAACGCCACCUGCAAUAACGUGUCAGGAGAUUGCCCGGAUGGAUGUGAACCAGGAUGGCAAGGGAUGAUGUGCCACCAAGAAGGCAUUUCAUAUCAGGGGGAGGGUGAACAAAGGUGGAGUGUGGCGAAGGUAAGUGUUGUCAGGGAGAGUGAACAAGGUGGAGAUGUGACGUGGAGAUGUGGCGAAGCAUGUCCAAACGGUACCUUCGGUCCAGCAUGCAGCCAUCAGUGUGGACAGUGUCUGGGUGGACAUGUGUGUGACAAGGGGACAGGAGAGUGUCCAGGCUCCUGGUGUGAGAGAGGAUGGAAGGGGCUUCAAUGUCUAACAGACUGCAACGGCACCGGCUUCUACGGCUACAACUGCAACGAGACAUGUGGAAUGUGCGUCGAGGAGGUGUGCGACCCAAUCACAGGGGAGUGUCCCCGUGGGUGCAGACCAAAGUAUGUGGGUGCGACGUGUAACCUUCAACAACCCUCGAACUCAGGUGGUCAUGCCGGUGCUGGUGUGGCGUAUGCGUUUGCCGUUGUCGUUGUCGUGUUGGUGAUCAUUGCGAUGUAUUUCCUGAGGAGACGGAAACAAAGGAAGUCGAACACUGACGUCGCUGCAGCUUCGCCCGAUGUCGUCGUUAAUCAAGCAUAUCCGGGUAAGUAUAAAUACCUUUAAAAUAAAUUAAAAAGAAACAGAAAAAAAGUGUAUUUUAAGAAAGCUCUGUUUCCAAAGAUGGUACCACGUGUUCUCCAAAAGGUAACAUUAUCCCGCCCCACCUGUGGGCGCCGCCACUACCACAGGGAAAGAGUCAACUGUUCACCUAGAUC